GUGAAAUUCAAGAUGGCGGCGUUCCGGCGGUAAGUUGCUUUUCUGACCGAUCUUGAUUCACACGGGUCAUCUAAGAAAAAAUUAGCAAAUCCCUGAAGAAAAGAAAAUUUGGAUGUAUGGUUUCUCUUUUGGUGUAUGAAUCUGGUCCAUUUUUUGGCAUUCAAAUCUCACCGUCUUUUCACCAUGCGCAUCUCUCGAAUUCUCGUUCAAAGUGUAUUUUUUAACAUUUGUUGCGGAGGUCUCACAUAUCUUCCUAAACUCUAAAAGUCUGGGAUUUAUACUUUUUGUAGCCUGAAUCUUGGUCAUAAGGUAGCCGGAGUCACUUGAGUCAUUGUUGUGUGCAACGAAAGUCUGUUUGAUCGCUGUCGUUUUCUGAGAAGGCGAUGUACGUGGAAGCUGCCCUCUCGCAAGAAAGAAUGUUAAAGAGAAUGUUGUUAUUCUAGUCUUUGAUUGACGGGGUUUUUCUUAUAUGGGAAUCUCUUUUAUUUCCUGUUGUUUUGAUGUGUUUGCUACCUGGUGACGUGGUCUAAUAAAACCGUGUUCAGGUGUAGAGUAAUUUCUUUCAGUGAUAGGUAUCUUUGGAACCACUUUACAAGAGCUCAUUUCAAAACAAGGUUACAGUGUAGGGGUGACAAAAUUAAUUUUUAAAAUAAAACUACUGGGACUGGCACAAGGUGUUUCUAUGUUUUAGGGAGAUGUUUGGAAUCAUGAUCAAAUUAGACAGUAUCUAGUUGGUUGCAUGAACUAAACUUGAAAAUGAAGUAAUGAAAGUAGUGCCCACUGUUAGUCUUUGAGAAAUCUAAUAAUUCAAGUGUUUCGAUAAAAGCUGGUUAGUGGAAGUCUACCACCUCCUGUAAGACCUCUCACUGCUGUCUGUUUAGGCUGCAAGUAGGCUCUCACAUUUGGGUUUUGUGAUACUGCCCCUUUUCUGGGCACAGUAGCCUCUUACACCAUUGGCAGCUGCUUAUAGAAAAGAUAUUUAAACCCCAGGAAUUACUCUUUACAAGCUAUUAUUGAUCACUUUUGUUGUAACUGUGCAGAAAACUAAUAAUAUGAUAUAUAUAUACAUAACCUUGUUUCUCAAUGAUCUUUUAUUUUAUUUUAUAGUCCAAGAAAAAGUAAAUGGGAUGUACCUUCUGCCAAGGGAGAGGGCAGUAAUGGAAAUGGAAACAUGUCAGCUACUGAUGCUGCAAAAGAGAGGGCUGCAAAAUUGAAUGCAAUGUUGGCUGCUCAAGGGAAGCUUGCCAAAAGCAAUCCACCUCCAGUUGUGGUAAAGCAUUUGUUUGUUUUACAAGAAGUCUGUACAGUAUAAUUGUUUUAAUGCAGGGAAAAAUAAAGAACCUCUAAAGGUGUGGGAAAUUUGCUGAGGGUCAGUGGAAACUAUUAAUUUUUUUUAUAAAAGUGAGGGGAUUUUGUUAUUUGAGUUACCACCUAGGUUCAAUCCACAGAAGUUGGAACAAUUUAAAAGACUUAAGACCUCUUAGUGUAGUUUGUAAUUGCCCCUUCACCAUGUUUGCUUUGGUUGAUUGGUAAGUAUUUAUUUGAAAGUGUGAGUUGACAGUGUCAGUUUAUAGUACUUUAUUCUUAUUAUUACACUGUGUACUGUUUUUAUGUUAAGGGCCGUCCAUCACCAGCAGCAAAAGUGACUCCCCCUCCAUCAGUAACUGUUAACAAUGGUGCCACCAGUUUUAGUCAAGAUCUUAUUACCGCUGAAGUGGAGAUAAAUGAUUCUGCAGCCCGGUAUGGAAAAGAUAACAGAUAUGCAACCAUUUUGAGUGAUAUACCAUGAAACAUCCUUUAAGUCUUGUUUUUUCUUGAAACUUUGGGCUCAUGUGUAUGCUUAGAAAUUACAAGUGAUGAAUACAACAUGUAAAGAUAUUUUUUGAGUUGAUCAAUAUUUUAAGUAUAUGCUAUCAACAAGAGCAUUUCUUUUCAACUCCCAGUAAACCAGUUGGGUAAAUUAUUCAACAUGUCAGUGUAGUGUUUUUCAAGUAAUGAUAAGUCUACCGUGUUUUCAUUAUUUUUUCCAAAUUUUUUCAUAUUUGAUAGAAGGUUAGAUGAUCUUAUUCAUCCUGUGAAUGGCUGAAAUCAAGUGUAUAACAAUUAUUACUUUAUGGGGCGUGAAAUUGUGCCUAAUACAGGCGCCAAUACCACUAAAUUUUAUCCUUUGGGGACCAAAUCCUGAAAAUUAGUUGCCAAAUUGGUGACUAGAAUGCUUCAUCAUAACCUUACCUAGAGAUAUAGUGAGUUAAAAAGAUUUGCAAAGAUCAAAGAUAAAUCCACAGCAAACUUCCUUGUUAAGUUUGUUUCGAAAAUGCAGCACGUGCAUCUCGAUCGAUGACUAGAUGCCAUCUUGGAUUUAGGUGAACUUGAAGGUUGAAUAUCAUCCAUCCUAGGGUCCACUUUGUGGCAUGUAAAGCCAAGUGGCUAUCAGAAAAAAAAAUUAAUUUCAUGCCCUGCUUUAUGUAUUUUGCAUUCCAUGCUUUGGUAUUUGUGCUUCUUUUCAUGUUUUAUCAUCCUUAUGUCUACAUGUGUUGAUUUAUUUUUAUAUUUGUUUUUUGACUUGUCAGCACUCUCCUCUGUAAAGGCACGACACAAGAUGAGGUAGAAAUCUAUUAUUUUUGUUUCAAAUCAUUAAAGUUAAUUUUUCUGGUACUAGAAACUUGCAGUGCUGAAUGUACUAAGUACAUGCACACCACAGAGAAGCCCUUGCUUUUCCUGUUCCCAUUGGCCAGAGAGGUUUAUGUUUCAGAAAAUAACAACAAAAUGGGACACCCAAUUUAUGUUUGAUACCCUCUUCAAAGAAGAAGAAAUCAGUUGAUAAAAAUCAGCUUAGUUUUUAUCCACUAAUCAAGAAUGAAAAGUUGCAGGGUACAAACUACGAAUGUAAUGAAAACUUUGAAUCAUAAAUUUAACUGUUUAACUCUCAGUUGUGAUUAACAUGUAAAUUCUCCUUAAAUGAUCCAUGCAUUUAUCAAGCAAACGAGUAAUGAGUAUACUCAAACUAUUCACCGAGGUGAAUUACGGUCAACUCGCCGACGGACCAACUCGCCGACGCCAACUCGCCGACGUAUAAAAUCGAGUAGAGACGUUGGCGAGUUGGUCCUUAAUCCAAUACAACUUAUUAGAAGUUAAACAUACAGAAAAGUAAACGAUAUUUAGUAAAAAAACACUGGUGAACAUUGGUAAACAUCAAACAGAAGCUUAAACAUUGGUGAACAUCACCAAUGACUUUAACAGCUUACAGCUUAUGUUUAACUUCUAAUAAGUUGUAUUGGAUUGAGGACCAACUCGCCAAUGUCUCUACUCGAUUUUAUAUGUCGGCGAGUUGGCAUCGGCGAGUUGACUGGAUACCACCGAGGUAGAAGUUCUCUUGAUCUAUCACCAAAUUCUCAUAACUUACUUACAAGGGGAGAAUCAUCUAAAAGAUCUUGGGAGUUCAAGGGUUACUAGUGCUCAACCCUUUAACUCCCAAGAUCUCAUUAGUAAUUCUCCUUACUGUCUGACAUACAGUUCUUGUGAUGUUGAUUUGGAGAAUUUGGUAUUGGAUCGACUUAUAAUCGCCUAAUUGAUAUUUUCUUUAUUCUCAUCACUUAUCUGCUUGAUAUUGUAUUGAUAUUGUUUGGAGAAAUUCUGUCUUGGUCACUCAUGGGAGUUAAAGGGUUAAGAUAGUGAUUAUUAUUAUAACACUAUGCCUAGAAUUAGCAUAUGUUACAUUUGGUAUUAAAGGUCCUAAUCAGUAUUAAACUUUCAAUGUUACAUUUAAUUUCAGAUCAAUCGUUACAGUGGAGCUGCUGUCUCCACCAGAGGAAAGUUUAUGUCUGAAAAUGAAAAGAGGGAGGCAGAAGGAACAGGGUAAAUAUACCAGUUUCAUGUAGAUUACAACUUCUUUCAAUAGUGCUGAGACAUUUUCAAUAGAAGUGAGGCAGGUAAAGGUAAAGUCUGUUUGAGAGCCAAGUGGCCCAUACAGCUAGAGUUUAUCCUGGUUUUCUUAGCAUGAUGGGACUAGGAGCAUUUUAAAUCCUCCCUGGAAGGGAGGCAGUUUAUCACACAACUACCUCCAACAUUUCAUCAGGCUUCCCUGACAAUUCACUGACUCCCAUUUAUACUCCUGGGAGGAGAGGGGUACUGUGUUGCCCAAGAGCACAACACAAUGGCCUGGCCCAUACCUCUCAACCCAAAGUCCAGCGCACCAACCAUUAGGUCUCCAUGUUUCUAAGUGAGGCAGGCAGUCUUCAAAUAAUAAGUGUUUACUACUGUUUCUGUUGUCUAUUGUAACCCCUUUGUCUGCUUAAAAAUGAAGUAGUCCUUAAAUUUGAAACCAAUGUUCGUGUGUUUCCACCUUCUUAGAAUCACUGACAUUUCCUAACCAUGUCACUUCUGUUUUUUUCAGAGUAAAACCACUGUACCUAUGUGUUCAGGGACUCACACAAGAAAAAGUUGAUUGUAAGUUGAACACAGGAAAGAUCAUACCUGCACAGAAUAAUUUUCACUCUUGGUUUGUCUGAUCUGGUAUAAUAAACAUGUUGAAUAUUUCUCUAGUGGCUGUGAAACGGAUUCGAGAGAUAAUGGCUGGUGCAGACGUCAAUGUUCUCCCACCCUCUCAGCCUCAGAAGAUGCCUGUGACAUCACCUGCAGCCACACCUGCUUUCAACCAACCUUCACCAAUGUUUGACAGACAGCCAUUACCUCCCGGGGUAAGAGGAAUGACUAUGAAUAUUGAUACAAUUCAUGAAAUUGUAUAGAGUAAAGUAUAGAGAAUAUACAUCCUGCUGCAAGACUGGGGAGGGUGAAGCUUAAGCUAAGAAAUGGAAAUUUAAUGGUCAGCAUAAAAUGAGGCAGUGACCUAAAGCUAAAGGUCAAGAUGAGAUAAAACUGCAGUGUGUCUGAUGUAACUAUUAGUAAGUAACUUAUUUAUUCAUUCUAGUUGUGUCAAAUGGUAUAAUCUUUGUAAGUGAAAGUAAACUUGCUAGAAAAAAAUACUCACACAGAUAGGGUAGAAAAGGUUGUGGUUAUUCAUCAUGGUGAAUAAUAAUAAAAGCUAGGUUUUUUUGUUUGUCUCACGAUGUAGUUACGUGUGAUGUAGAUCCUUCACACAUGACUACAUUGUGAGACAAACAAAAAAACUUAGCUUUUACAGAUAGGAUACUAAGUCUUUUGUACUAAACUGCCCUUUCUUAGUUCUUCAAAGGGCAUAUACCGCUCUCCAACUGAUGAAUCACUAUCCAGCAGAUAAGUGUUAGCUGAACGUACUGCACUAUCCUUCGGACAGAGAUUUAUUCAGUGGAGUGAGUUGUUCACCCUUUGAACAAUGGGGGCCAGGUUGUGUUACAGCUGUAAUGUUUUUAUCAUCUACAGAAUCAUUCGAGUUUCUUUUUAUCACAGAUGCACUAUGUUCAAGACAAAGUAUUUGUUGGUCUGGAUAAUUCUUUACCUGAGUUUAAUGUUAAAGAGAAGUUACAAGGACCAGGGGUAUGAAGCAGACAAUUGUGUGUCAACUAGUUAUUAUAUGUUUACAAUUCAUGUUUAUUUUUAGUCUGGAGAAAGUCUUGAAUUUAAUUUUAGCAUACAAAAAUGUGUCCAAGCAUGUGAAUGUGGUAGCUGUAAUGUCAUAAUCACCUCAUGUACCAGAUGGUCAGUCUUUGUUUAGUAAAGAUUUCACAGUGACAUUCAAAAUCAUUUGACAGUGGACUAUUUUUUAUUGUAUUUCAGGGGUCAUAUUUUCAGCAUAUCACUAUGCAAACAGGAGCAAAGGUAAGGGAACACUGAAUUCUUGUUUAAGAUCUUAGAGGAUAGGAUGAGAUUUUCAUUAUUUGUGAGAUAGCAGCUACUUAAUAUCUGUCAAGAUAAAAAACCAAAAAACACCAAAGAGAGGAAUCAAAGUAUAAAAGAACAAAAAAACAGAACAGUAAGAGCCUUGGUUUUCUAUUAUUCAAGAAGACCACCAAACAUCAUUAAUUUGAUGAGAUGUGGUCAGUGAAGUUAUAAUAUUUAUUUUCUGUUCUACGAGGUUCAACUUCGUGGUCGGGGAUCAGGCUAUAUUGAACCUACAUCUGGAAAAGAAGCAUUUGAAGCACUUUACAUCUAUAUAAGGUGAGCAUUAAUUUUUUUUUAUUGGGGCAUUUGACUCCUGAAGACAAAUGAAAGGUGAAGGGCAUCCUGCAAGUUUUUACCAAAAUUCUUGCUGUUCCUCAUGAUAACUAGAUUUAAUUUUAUAAAUGAAAUACAUGCCGCUAAACUCCAAGAUUAAUUUCUUGAAUUAAUAGCACAGAGGACAAAGGGUAUACACCAUUUAGAUAUUUAAUCAUAUUUAUGCCAUGACCAAUUGAUGUGGAGAAACAAAAACUGAGUGUAUGUUUUUCUGAUUGCAUCAUCAACUAGCUAGAAAGAUGUAGAGUUUUAUAUGAAUGUGAAAUCGCAUUAUUCAUGUUCAUUCUACAACUUAAUUAAGUUACUGCACCAAAACGGUUUUGAUAAAUAAAUGUAUCUUUAUUUUCCAUCUCUCUCAAUGUGUCUGCACUCAUAGUCAUGGUAGAGUUGAUGGUUUAACAGCAGCAAAGACAUUAGUGGAAAAUCUCAUACAAACAGUAAGUUCCUAGUUGUGUUUUUUGGUUUGUAGCACAAGAAGCAAAGAAAUAAUCUGCUCAAUUGAUUUAGUAAAUAAAGAAAACAGAAUACAGCAUGGAGUGAAAAAAAGUCAAGGUUGAUGAUGAAUUAACUCAAGGUUUUUUCUGGUUCUGUUUCUUUGAAAAACUACAGUACUGUAAUUGUUUUCUUAGUGACAAUGAUAUUUAAUUCAAGGAAGGAGUUUGGGGGCUUUAGCCAACUCUAUUUAAGCGCAAAACUAACAAAUUAUUUUUAACUAGGAUUACCAAUAGUUAUGAGUUUAGAUAUUGACUGUUUGGUACACAUUAUAAUUCCUUAAUAACUACCUUAUGAUUCAUGUCACAGCACCCUAUUUCUGGUGUUCAACUAAUGCAUUUUGACCACAUCAAGUAGGAAUAAAUGUCUUAUCCUGUGAUUAACAGUGAUACGUAAUGGAAUGAUAUUCUCUAUUUAGAGAUCAUAUAAAUUGUUUCUUAGGUUCAUACAGAAUACAAAGCAUAUGAGCAAACAAGAAGAUCACAUUAUGGGUAUUCACCAUAUAUGAAUGGUUAGUGAUUGGAUUGCAAGUUAAUAAACCAUAGCACUUUAGCUGAAUACAAAAGAGGAAUGCCAAAGGCAUUUGGCAUUUCAUCUUUGGACUAGGCAAAUGGUGUUUACUUGUAAAAUGAUAACAAGUAUGAAUAGUGAAUGAUGACUACACGUGCACCUUCUUAAAACAGAAUCAGUUCAACUUAUGUUGUGUGGUAUGCACAAAUUAAUGUAGAGUCUGGAAUGAAUGCAAACUCUGUGGAAUAAGCAUUUGUCAGAAUUCAAACCCUACAGUUCAUGCACAAUCUACUUGCACUAAAACAGUCUUUCUGUGGGCCCAGUUCUAUAGGUACUGUAGUACUUACACAUUCUUGAACAGGGGUUUCCAUAAAAGCUGGUUUCUGACGGUCUACCGCCACAUAUAAGAUCUCUUACCAGUUCGUCUGUUAAGCCUGUGAUCAGACUCUCAUGUUUGGGUUUUGCCUUAUAGCCUCCGUUUUCAGGCAUGACCACUUUUUCCUGGGUAUGGGAAAAAGUUAUUGAAACCCCAGCUUGAUUCAUACACUGUUUUGAAAUAUUGCUGUUUGGUACUUGGUUAACUUGGGAUAUGCUCAAUUUAUUUUUCAAUGGAGGGUUAAGAAAGGGGAUGGUGGUUUAGAUUUGCCAUCUGCUGAUAUUGCCCUCCAAUAUUAAGCUGUCAAGUUGAUCAUGUGCCACAGGAUCAGGUAUUGUGGCACCUACUUACACUGACCACAAUUAUUCUUAUUACAAGUUCUUCAUCCUUCAAGUUUUAGUCAAUAUUGAAUUUGAAAGUGAUCUUCACAGUAAUGAACACUACAGUGUAUGUAAGCAGUAGUUAAAAUAAGGCCUGUACAGAAUUUGAACCCAUGACCUCUGUGAUACUGGUGCAAUGCUCUACCAACUGAGCUAACAUGCCAACUGGGUGCUGCUCAUUAUGUUGGUUUGUGAUAAACCUGUGAAGUGAUGAAUGACUGUAAAUAUAUGAAAAAUUAGUCAGUAUUGUUUGUUAUAAUUUUAAACAGGGCACAUAUCGAUUUUUUUUGCUUUUGACUUAUUUUAAAUGUGUCUUUGAAGUCAAAAAUAUCUAUUUGUCAUUCAAACAGCUGGAAACCAAAACAAUAUUGGUCAGACACCUUCAGGAUAUCAGGUUAGUAAAAAGAAAAUCAGUUGUAACUGGCUUGAAUACAAAUUUGUGUGGUAACUUUUUGUUUAACAAUACAGACUUUAUUGACAUUUACACUGUACAUGUGUGUUGUUUCUGAGUGAUUGGCAUUCCUGGACUGGUGGCUGAGAGGAAAUUCCGACUAUGUUCCAAUGCAUUGGAGUUUGAUAAAUUAUUAGUUUGAUAAAUUGCUGUACGUUUCUCUUGUGAACCCAUCAGUUACAGUUUGAUGUGUUGUUUUUUUGUACAGCCUGGGCCAUAUGGAUAUCCAAGACCACCACAACCUCCAGCUAAUGGCUACCCACAAUCUGUCCAGCCUCCCCCAGCAUCAGGAUACCUGUACAGCAAUCCUUAUCAUGUUCCACCGAUGCAGGUAUUUCCUGAGCGAUUUCAAGUAGCAGGGUAACAUUUCAUUAACACUUUAAACCCAGAGAGCAAUAAGCAUUUAAUUUCUCCCAUAAGUAAAACCUUUGAGUCAAACAUUUAGGCCUUAAGAUUAAAGAAAUGAGAACAAACUUGAGAAGCUUGUGAUCUGUAGACAACCUCUCCUUAAAAGCACCAUAGGAAAUGUAUGGAAAACAGUAUGGAGAACUUGCGCACUGAUGUUUGGGUUUGAAGGGUUGAAGUGUUACUACUGUUCAGCUGGUUAUGGAAGUGCAAGCAAUUUCUCCUUACUCUUUGUACCAGUGUUUUAGUGUCUGAUUUCCAUUUGUAUUUAUAUGCUGUAGCCAGAUUUCUGAGUUACAUUUAUGUUAAAUUUAAUAACAUUACCAUUCUCUUUACAGCCUCCACCCUCAACAAUGCACCAUGGUGCUCCACCUCCUGGCCCUCCUCGAUAUGGGCCCCCUCCAACCCCAGGUAGGUGCCAGCUGUUGUGAAGUUGAGUAAAAAUAACACACCAGACCAAAGGCUUAGAAUCAAAUUUAAAUCUUGAUCACUCAGAUUAGAAGCUGCCCUUAGUAUACAGGUCAGGUUUGAAAGGAGAUAAAGUUCAUUCUGUAGUCUUGAAGUUUUGAGUGCCUAGUAAAGUCAACAGUGUAAUAGCAAUCUAUCUGGUAUUCACAACGUGCAGGAGAGCAAAGUUCACCCACACAUACACCAUGAGUUGGUAUUCUCCUUCCAUUUAUACGGAAAUAAGCCAGUUUUUUUUUAAUUUUACGUAGCCUUGAUACAAACAAAAUACAUGUUGAUGGAAAGCACUUGAUUGCAACAUAACCCAUGCAAUGCAUUACAUAAGUGUCAUUAUAUUUGAUGCUUUUUUCUGUGAAAUUUCAUUGGCUCUAAGCCUACCACUCAAUCUGCAAAUAACUGCCAACAAAUAGCAUGUAUAUAGACUAUCUGGGUUCUGCUGCAAAUGAUAUUCUUCACAAGGAUAUUCUGUUCCAUUGAAAAUAAGAGAUCUAGCCGCCCUAUGCAGCCACAAUCACUAUGUCAAAGCAAACGCUGUAAUCUUAUUAUUGAUGAUGCUAAAAGUAUUGAACUUAGGUAGAUCAACAUGUUCUUAUUUGACAAUGUUACACUGAUCAAUUAACUACCUGCUUAGCACUUACAAAUCACAAGAUUUUGCUCAACCUUGUUUAUUUAAAAUCGUUGAUGAUAAUUGAUUCCAUUGUUUAUGAUUAUUUAGUAUCUGGUUAUGGCAAUCGUGGACCACCUAAUAACUUACCCCCAAGGGGACCUGCACCAUAUCCUGGCUUUUCUCCUGUCCCUCCUCCCCUUGGAGCACCUCCAGUUGGACCAUCACCAUAUGGGCCUCAGCCAGAGGCCCCUUUUCAGCACCCAACUCAUGAUCCUGUUCAGGUUCGUAUUUGAGUUAUAAAUUUUCUCCACUUGUGGUAUUUUUCUACUUAGAUAUCAGAGGUUAUCCUGGAAUGUUGUGAUCUUAAUCCGAAUUCAAUACGUCGUGAGACAUUCAAGGAGAUACGCUUAAUCGUGUUUAUACAAAAGGGAAAAGGGGAGUAUAUCCCAUAGAACAGGCUAUGGGUGAAUUGAAGUUCGAUUUGAAGUACAUUUUGGACUGUGGUUGAUUCUCAGCUCCCUCCGAUGGCCUCCCGACACUGUAUACAGCUGUUUCGAGACAAUCUCAAAAGGCAAUCUGGGUAACCGGUAAUCAAUGAAUUUUAAUAGGUCAAAUAACUAAAUAAAUUCAUCAAACUAACGUCUACCCUUUUCUCAAAUUUUUUUGAAAUCCUGAGGUCAAGGAACCGUAACCUGAAUACCUCCCAAAAUACCUUUCGGAUUGUCACGUGCACUUGUACGCUUUUUUUUCCGAUAACAUUUCUCGAAACAGCUCUCUAUCUGUACUCUCACGUUAUAUACUCCUGUUAACUGUAGAGUGAAAAGCCAACCGUGAAAAUCCAAUGAAAUGAGUUAACUUGGCGUUUCCGUUGCGCCAAGUAUUAUCAUUCUAACCAUUUUGUACAAUUUUUCUCUCUAGCUUCUUUCAAGAGAAAACGAAUAUCAACCUGGAGAACCAACCUCAUCAUCUGAAGGGUAUCAUUAGUUUCCAAUUAACCUAUUUCAUUAAUUGACCGUUACGGCCCCUCGGGCAAUCCCAUAGAAAACCAUAGUGAAAGCUAACAUGUGUAGGGCCGAAUGGGUUGACGGUCCGUGAAAAGCCGUCCGGUCUUGCGCUCACAUGGCUUUGUUGCAAAAACUUAAAGGAAAGAAAGGGGUGGAAAAAGGUUGCGUUUUUCAAUAAAUUGUGAGUUUCUUGUUCUGACUCGAAAAAACAAAGGAAUACUUUGAUUGCAGAAUCUAUUGCGUCCUGUUUUUAGGUGGAGACAAAUUUUCGAGAUUUUCAACAUUUAGUGUUUAUAGGGUUAAGUGCUUAUUGACUAAAUGUAGUCGGGCCGGAUGGGAAAAUAUUAUUUGGCUCUCAAUCAUGAAGUACGGACCUUGCUGCGCUCGGUCUGUACGUCAGGACCUCGAGCCAAAUAUCUUCUCGUUCGGCCCGCCUAACUUAAUACGAGUUGUAGUAAGCUGCGCGAGGAUUUUUUUGAUUAACAUCUAUUCACCGAAGUAGAGGUGACGAGGUAAGUAUCCACCACUUUCACCGACACUGAGGCGAAUAAAUGUUUUAGUAUAUACCACAGAGAAACCAAAAAAUUAGUUUGUUUCAUUCAAUAUAUCGAAAAAAUGGUCGGAAAUUAGCGUCAACCUAACUAAAUCAAGCGCUUUGAGCAUAUUUCUCGUUGUUUAAGCUCUGUGAGGGCAGCUAGCUUUUAAGAGAAAUUUGAUUUUAUCUACGACAAGUCUGAACCGAUAAGAUUAUUAAAAUACCAGUCUUUGAACCGAACUGAAAAUUGAACCUGAUAGGGAAGCUUAUGACUAACUUCUGAAGGGAGUCGCAACUGAUGUUAAUCAUAAGAUUUUAAAAAUACAACAGAACAGCUCUUCCUCCCUAAGAUUCACUUCCCAUGCAUAGUGUUACCUUGCACUACAAGCAUUCCUCCCGCUUGUUCUUCGCCUUACUUUACCAUCUCCUUUCCAAUUGCAGAGACCGAGAGAAAUAUCAAAGAGAAACAGUACAGCCCCCUGAUCCACCCAAGAGAAAGUUCAAAGAGAAGGUAAGUCACCUAAAUCAUGAAAGGGGGUAAGUUUCGAAAUACUGUUAACUAUGGUGCUGCGUCGGUGGGGGAGUGAAACAAAAUAAUUUGGUUUUGUCAGUUGAGUUGAUCAUGAAAAUCGGCCAUCAUAAAGAGUUUCACAGCUAACGUUUCGAGCGUUAGCCCUACCUUAGAGCUAAGUCAUUUUAGGAGAUGCACCUUUUUCGUUUAUAUGCUCAUGCACAGAAUGUAAGGUGCCUUUUUGGAGUGCAUUGCAUCAUGUUAAUGUUGCUGUUGUUAGCAAUAACUCUUUGUUUAGCCGUUUGCUAUGUUGAUAGUAGAGAGAUAGAUUUUGUCUUACCUACGAAGUUGUCUUAUAAAGUUGCUAACAAUUUGUCUUUUUUUCUUUUUUCUCUUUGAUUUUUCACAAUGUUUGUUCAAACUCGAAUUCAGAUACCAAUUAAAGGUUCUUCAGCUCAAGAUCAGAGUUCAACAAGUGGCCCAAGACAUCAGGUGCUUUGGGCUUGUUCUUGAUGUUUUUUAGUAUCGCCAUAUUGCUUUUAUCGUCUUGUUCAAACGCCAUUGUGAAUGCACGAUGCAGGUUCAUAUCAGCAAUUUACCUGUUGAGGGAAAAUCAUGCGAGGUCGGUUAAUGAUAAUACAAGUCCGAAGUCUUAACCAAUCGGCCACACUGCCUCCACUGGAUCACACCUUAGAUUAUUUGUUGCACAUUGUGGAAGCACGGACAGCGUAGAUCGUUAAAAGAUUUGUAAUCUCAACCCUAGUAGUGUGAACCGUACCUGUACCCAGGCUUUCCUUUACUAAAGAUCCAAAUCCAAAACGGGGACACAUCAAUUAGCCUUACAUUCUCCACGCUGAAUCAACCGACUUUGCGUUGUUGCGAUGAAACAUUUUACUCUUGGCGUGAAUACUUUGUAGUCAUACUAAUGCCAGUGUUCUUUCUUGUCAGCAGUCUCGUUCACGUUUGUCAGUGCUAACAUGUCUGUUCUUUUUUCCCUCUGUCUGCCUAUUGAUGACUUUGUUCUAGGACUCCUCCAUCUUAAAUCUAGGUGAAGCUGCCCCUGUUGACGGCAAAAAACAAUCUUCGGAGCUCAUGCCUCCCCCUCCAGUCAUGCCUGUCAUAAAGAAAAAGCCUAUAGAGCACGAGUUUGCUGUUCCACUGCCUCUUAAAGAUGUUUUGCCUGCUUCUGCAACCUCUUCGACCCGUAGUAGACCAGCAGGUAAGUCCUGUGCCUUGCCACUAACACUGCAGUUAUACGUGUGUUUUUGACUGAGCAUGAGCUCAAGAUAAGUGCAAGGUCCACAAUAACACCAAAGAGAAUGAGGCUAUUACUCAGUUAUUUUGCGAAAAACACUCGCUCAGCAAAGGCUGUCUUUCUAUGAGGAAAGGAUUACUCCCAAGUCUUACCCUGGGAAUCUAGGAAACCAGAAGGGGAAUCUAAGAAACCAGAAAAGGAAUCUCGCGCUGAAAAGAUAGGGCGAUCUUUCCUCAUAGAGUAUCAAACCGGAGUUUACGGUUAACUCUACUUUUCCAGCUUAAGGAGACAGCCUUACUAUAGAACACAAUCGUCUGCCCUAUUCUCACCACUUCGCAGUUGAGGUUCUGGCUCGUGGUCGUAUUACACACAUGGCCCAAUGGUCAGCAUAUUAGAUUGUGGGUUACCUGUUGUCAAACACAGGACAGUUUCAUAGUUAGCGUUUAUCUCCGCCCAAGGGUACAAGUGAGCCCAGGUAAAUUGUGGGGGCAACCCACCAAGGUAUAGAGGUUAACUUGUUAUGAGCUUCGUGUAGCAUAUGGGGUUGAUUUAUGCCAUACUAAAUAUAGAUGCUACAAUAAUUAGAUAUUUUUGCUGUUUUGCACGGUGUUCAUACGGCACAGUCACCUCCAACCUCUACUUAUUAUUUUAAGACAAAUGACAGUAACAUCAGCACGUUGUGUUGUUUUGAUUUUCAUACUAAUUUGAAUUUUGUUCUUGUUUCAUGUGAAUUGCUGUGGACUCUGUGAUGCCGGUAACCUAACUUCCUCUUUUUACUUUUACUUGAAUUGUUCUGUAUUUGCUUUGUGUUGCGGCCUGUCUUUCCUCCGACCACAGGCAAAAGAGAGGCUCCAUCCUUGCCUUUGCCCCAAGCUGAUGAAAAAAAGUCGAAGACAGAGGAGGACGUGAUUGCCCAGGCUUCAGGAAUAGCUUCGCUUGUAGCUUACGGUGACGAUGACUCUUCAGAUGAAGAAGGAGGAAGUCUUUCCCCAGACGACAACCCAAAUGAUGGCACGCAGAGCAAGGAUGUCAGGAGAAAUCGGCAAGGGACUACCAGGCUGCCAUUUUGGGCCGUCAGAAAGUAGUUUUGUGGUGAAUGUAAGGGGUGGCGAGGGUCGGGUGAGGAAAAGGGGUUGGUUGGGGAAUUGUGUUUUGAAACGCUGUUCCAAAUUGUUUUUUACUUAGGCAACAUUUUUUCGCAAUUUUUGUCGUGAAGGAGCGAAGUCUUAUCAAGACUAUAACUUUGUCUUUCAUCUUUACAACGCUGCCACUGUCGAGGAUUCUUCUCCGGGGAUACUACUAGCAACUCCAAACAGCGUGCGCUCCGAGUGAUUAUGGUGUUUUCGAACUACUUUGUCCUUGUUCCUUGUUCCUUGUUCCUUGUUCCUUGUUUUUAAUUUUUUGGGGGGGGGGGGACAGGGGAAUGGAGUCCAGGCCGGCUUAGGGUAAUUUCCCCCCUGCCCCCUCCCCCCCCCCCCAAAAAAAAAAAUGAAAACAUUUUCAGAAUUUCUAAGUCUUAGAAGAAAAUUGCAGGGGUGUUACCUUACGUAAACAGCUUGAAUGGUAACGGCACACACUUUGGCGUGAAGAACUCGCGCCUUCGGCGUGCACGAAAAUUGCUACUAUUGACUUCGUGUUUGGGAACUCCCGGAAGCUCUCCCUAAUGGGCGAAUACUGGGCGGGGAAGGACGAGAUUUCUAUUUCCUUACACACACACACCCCCCCCUCCCUCCUGUUUGACCGUCGCUCACCUCCUUGGUUCAAAUGUCUUUCUCUCUUCUCCCUAGCUCUCUACUGCCGCAAAAACAAAGAAAAUACUGAGCAACCCCCUUCCCCUUCUCUCUAAAACUUUGAAUGUUUUGUAGGUUAUCAACACAGUUUAGAUUGUAAGAAGAAAACAAACAAACAAAAAAAUUUGGAAUGAAGAAUAAACAAGGGGUCUGAGAAUGGUGAUAAAGCAGAUCAUUUUCCAC